AUGAAAUCAGAUCCAAGCAAAAGAAAUCCAAAACAUUUCUAUGAAUUUCACAAAAGGCAUGGUCACAAGACUGAGGAUUGCCAUGCAUUGCGAUUGGAAGUUGCCGAUCUCUUAGAGCAAGGACAUUUGACGGAGUUGCUUUUGGAGAAAGGCAAGCAAGCAUAUUAUCGGAACAGGGAGCAAGGAGCGCCGCCACCACUUUCCGAGCCAAAGCGAGUAGUUAAUUUUAUCGCAGGUGGAGCAGAUAUCAACAUUACGGAAGGGCUGGACAUCAACAAAGUCACUUACACCUCAGGCGUGAAGUUCAAAAGAAUAACGACCAGAAGUGAAAAGAGGGAUAGGGCUCUCGUCGAAGAUUGUAUCACCUUCGACAAAGCCGACGCCAAUAAUAUGCAAUUUUCGCAUAAUGAUGGGUUAGUAAUUACUUUGUGCAUCUUAGAUACUAAUAUUAAACAUUUUUUUGUUGAUCAGGGAAGUGCUGCCAACAUCAUAAACAUCAGGGUCAUAGAGGAGAUAAAAUUGACGAGCAAUAUAAUCCACAAAUCCGUCAUGCUCCCUAGGUUCAAUAAUUCAACAAAAAGAACUCCGGGUGAAAUCAUUUUACCAGUAGUAGCGGGUGGAGUGGAACUGCAAACUGCCUUUUCAAUCAUGUCCUCUGCGAUAGCUUACAACAUGAUAGUUGGACAUCCCUGGAAUCACGCCAUGAAAGCAGUACCAUCAACAUAA